CAACAAACUACUGUACUUAGCUAUCGUUGAAGUACUGACAUGUAUAAUUUAAAAUGCUCCUUUAUUUCAAGGAUGAUGCCUAGCUCCUAGACAUGUCAUAACAUUUGCAGCCAUUACUUGUGCGACUAUGUUUAUCUACGUUUUUGUUAGUAGCUUGAGUUAGCUGUCUUGCUAACAUGUUCAGUUUGAUGCAUCCUGUAAACUUGUUUGUCUUUGCAUUGUUGAUGACAAUACCCAAUGCUAUAGGCUCUUCAUAUGAGAUCACAGUGGAUGUCGGAAAGCCAUCAGGACAUCUGAAACAUUUCUGGAGGAGCACUGGUUUCUGCCCCCCUCUUCCACACACCCAGUCCAACCAGUAUGACCUGAGCAGGGACCAGGAGCUGAACCUGGCCUACGUGGGCUCAGUCCCCCAUGGGGGGAUUCAGCAGGUUCGGAUCCACUGGAUGCUGGAGCUGAUCACAGCACACAUUGACAAAGGAGAACUCCAGUACAACUUUAGCCAACUGGACCAGCUGAUUGACCUCUUGUGGAUAAAUGGACUACUCCCAGGUUUUGAAUUGAUGGGCAGUGUGAACAACUACUUCACCAACUUUGAAGACAAAAUGCAGGUGGUGGAGUGGAGAAACCUGGUGCAUCUCAUUGCAAAGAGGUAUAUUGAGAAGUAUGGCUUGGGAAGUGUAUCUCUGUGGAACUUUGAAACAUGGAAUGAACCGAACAAUCAUGACUUUGACAACGUCACUGUGUCUAUCCAAGGGUUCCUGAACUACUAUGAUGCCUGUUCUGAGGGCCUGCGGGCUGCCAGUAGGGCCCUGCGCUUGGGCGGUCCAGGAGACUCCUGCCACACCCCACCACACUCCCCCUACUGCUGGGCUAUGCUGCAGCACUGCUACAAUGGCACCAAUUUCUUCACUGGGGAGACAGGGGUGCGGCUGGACUACAUCGCCCUGCACAAAAAGGGUGGAGGCUAUUCGUUACCCAUCAUGGAACAGGAGAUCCAGACAGUGAGAGAGAUCCAGGAGCACUUCCCUCUCUUCCGAACUCUGCCAGUUUACAAUGAUGAGGCCGAUCCAUUGGUGGGCUGGUCCAAACCUCUGGCGUGGAGGGCUGAUGUGACAUAUGCAGCCAUGGUUGUCAAGGUGAUCUCCCAACACCAGGACCUGCUGUUGUCUGACCAGAACAACACCAUCAACUACACCCUGCUAAGCAAUGACAAUGCCUUUCUCAGCUACCACCCUCAUCCGUUCACUCAGCGCACCUUGACGGCCCGCUUCCAGAUCAACAACACCCAGCCCCCCCACGUCCAGCUGCUCAGGAAGCCUAUACUGACCGUCAUGGGGCUGCUUGCUCUGCUCGGAGAGACUCAAGUACUGUCUGAGGUUGUGGAGGUUGGGGGGACCGACAACAACACUGUGGGGAUCCUUGCCAGCACCCAUGACCCCCUCAUGUCCUGGACCUCUGACAGCUGGCAAGCCACUGUGCUGAUCUAUAACAGCGAUGACACCAGCACAUCUACCACCACCGACCUCAUUAGGGUGUCUCUCAAAGGAUUCACAGGACAGCAAGGACUUGUGUAUGUAACAUAUUACCUGGACAACAAUGUGACCAACCCAUCCCAGCUGUGGCAGAGCAUGGGCAGCCCAGACUACCCCACAGCAGAGCAGUUCAGACAGCUGAGGAACAUUGAGGAUCCUCAGGUGGAUGGACCUCUGCCCUUCCCUGCUGAAGGCAUCCUGACCAUGUGGGCCAAGCUCUAUGUGCCCUCUGUCCUCCUCAUACAUGUGUGUGCCCAGCCCAAGGCCACACCAGACCAGGUGAAUGGAUUGCGAUUCAUCAGCAUCACAAAAAGCCAAGUUAUGAUUGUGUGGAAAGAUGAUUGUGUAAAUUCCAAGUGCAUUAAGACUUUUGAGGUGGAGUUCUCCAAAGACCAGGAAGAAUUCAAGAGGGUAAACACCCGGGAUACCAUUUUCACGUCCUAUGUAUAUUCACCAGAAAACCUGGAGGUUAGUGGUAGCUACAGAGUACGAGCUGUGGACUACUGGGGAAGAACUGGAGAAUAUUCACUGACUGAGAAAUAUUCAGAGGAAAACUAAAAUGUAACUAGUGUUUCCUACAUGGCACCAUGACUGAUUGUACAAAAGCAUAUUUUGUUUGUAAAAUUUUUACUUUCAGAAAAUAUAAAUCAGCAUUAUUGACUUAGUCUGAUAUGUUUGUUUACAUGGAAUAAUUUUUCCAUACAAAUAUUUUGUAAUUUCACAAUCAAUAAGUAAAACCACUUACCAUUUUUGAAUAUUUUUUUAAUGCUCAUGAGACAGUGAUAACAUUACAAUGCUCAUGUUUUUCCCCUGGACAAUGUACUCACCAAGCCAACUAAGUUUCUUUAAACUCUAUUGUUGCGAACAGUGAAUGAGCAAUAACAUAGUGGUGUUAAUGUGAUGUAGAGUCUACCUCCAUUGGAUUGGUGCAGGCGUCAUGCUCAAAUGUACAAUUACUUUUAUAUACAGUACCACUCAAAUGUUGACACCUACUACAUUUUUACAUUGUAGAAUAAUAGUGAAGGCAAACUAUGAAAGAACACAUAUGGAAUCAUGUUGUCACCAAAAAAGUGUUAAAAAUUUCAGAAGAUUUUAGAUUCUUCAAAGUUGCUGCAUUUAACCUUCGACAGCUUUGCACACUUGGCAUUCUCUCAACCAGCUUCACUUCACUUUAACAUUUUUGGGUACUAUAUGAUUCCAUAUGUGUUAUUUCAUAGUUUUGAUGUCUUCUACAAUGUAGAAAAUAAAGUAGGUGUCCAAACUUUUGACUGGUACUGUACAUGAGGGGCAUAAUAUAAUUUUUAUAUAAAAAAAUCUUAUGCGAUUUCCCUCUUCAGUCAUCAGUAAAUAUCUCUGUCCAAGCCAGCACGUUGUAGGGAUCCCUUGGCAGCAGUUCCUUCAUAGUAGACAUUCAGCAAGCUCCUGUUGAGCAGAGAAAAAUCAGAAGAGGGUCAACUGGGAUGCUAAAUUUGUUGGACAUCCCAAAAAUAAACAUUUGCUUUAGUUGUACAAAG